AUGUCGUCCAUGAUCACUACCACAACUUGGGUGAAGCGCGGUGUCGCUGCCCAGUUCCCCACCAAGUAUGAAAUUGACGAGGAUGAAAUGAACCGGAUAUCCAAGCUUGCUCGUAUGCAGCUUGAGGAUGCCAAGGACGAUAUGAGCGCCGCGCAGGGCGAGGAUACCGCUAUGGAUGAGGAUAAGAAGGAGGAGGAUGUCAUGAAGGAUGACGCAGAGGAAGAGAAGGAGACCUCCAAAGAAGGCACUGAGUUGAAGACUGAGGAUGAUGAUGUUCUUAAGGAGUUCGAUCUCGACCACUACGAUAGCGAGGAAGUCGACGAGGAUGGAGAGAAAGUCACCAUGUUCGGCAACGUCCAAUCCCUGGCUUACCACCAGCCCAACGAGUCCGACCCGUACCUUGUCAUGCCCGAAGAUGAGGACGAUGAGGACCGCGAGGAGCUCCAAAUUAUGCCCACAGACAACCUCCUCUUGGCCGGAAAGGUCGAGGAUGAAGUUGCCCACUUGGAGGUCUAUGUCUAUGAGGAUUCCGCCGACAACCUCUACGUGCACCACGAUAUCAUGCUUCCCGGCAUUCCCCUGUGCCUGGAAUGGCUCGACAUGCCCGUUGGCAAGAACGCCGAGGGACGGACACAAGGUAACUUUGUUGCCGUUGGAACCAUGGAGCCGGAUAUCGAGAUCUGGGAUCUGGAUGUCGUGGACUCCAUGUACCCUGACGCCAUUCUCGGCCAAGGCGGCCGUGACGGCGAGCGCAAGAAGAGCAAGAAGAAGGCAAAGGCCAACGACGAAUACCACAUUGACUCGAUCCUGGCUCUGGCAGCCAACCGUCAGCACCGCAAUCUGCUCGCUUCCGCCUCAGCUGAUCGCACCGUCAAGCUCUGGGAUCUUAACACCACCAAGUGCGUCAAGUCUUACUCGCACCACACCGACAAGGUCUGCUCGCUGGACUGGCACCCUACAGAGUCCACCAUCCUGCUGAGCGGUAGUUACGACCGCACCGUUGUCGCCGCCGAUAUGCGUGCACCGGAUGCCAAGGCCCGCUGGGGCGUCGACUCGGACGUCGAGGCCGUCCGCUGGGACCCCCACGACCCCAACUUCUUCUAUGUCACCACCGACGGUGGACAGGUAUACCGCUACGACGUCCGCAAUGUCCCCGCCACCCCGGCCGAGUCCAAGCCCGUCUGGACCCUGCAGGCUCACGACUCCUCCGUUUCCUCCUUCGACAUCAACCGCACUAUCCCCGGUUUCCUGGUGACCGGCUCCACAGACAAGCAAGUCAAGCUGUGGAACGUCGAGAACGACAAGCCCAGCAUGGUUGUCUCCCGCAAGCUGGACGUCGGCAAGGUCUUCUCUACUUCCUUCGCUCCUGACUCCAUGGUUAGCUUCCGUCUCGCUGUGGCCGGUAGCAAGGGUAACGUCCAGAUCUGGGAUGCCUCCACCAACGGUGCCGUCCGCCGUGCGUUUGUUUCCCGUCUGCCCGAUUUCGAGGGUGAAGUAAAGGAGCGUAUGGUCGGUGUGAAUGCUGAUGAUGGUGAGGAUUCCGAGGAUGACGGUGAUGCUGGCGUUGAGGCCGAGGCUCCCGGUCCUGAUGGAUGGGAGUCUAUGGAUGAGGAUUAA